CCUAAAGCGGGUCGUUUUUUCUUCAACAGAAAUGGUGGUAUUUGCAACGGCAUUGGAGAUGGGCUUCAGUUUAUCUGUUUUGGGGAAAUUAAUCAAAUCUGGAUAUGAACCAGACGCUGUGACGCUGACUUCUCUAAUGAAAGGGUUUUUGCUCCGAGGAAAGGUUGACGAUGCGGAAGAAUGCUUUCGCAAAAUGACUAGUGGAGGUUGUAAGCCUGAUGUCAUUACUUACACCACAUUGCUAAAUGUUUUUUGUAAAUCAGGCAAUACUACUGCAGCUGUUCAGUUGCUGAGGAACAUGGAAAAAGAAGAAAACCUUAAGCCUGACAUAGUUGCCUAUAAUACAGUUAUCAACGGCUUUUGCAAGCACAAACUAAUUGAUGAUGCUUUGAAUCUUUUCUCAAAAAUGAUUGACAAAGGUGUCUCUCCAAACGUUGUUACUUAUAACACGUUGAUUCAUGGUGCGUGCACGUUAAGCCAUCAAGAAGAGGUUUUGAGGUUAUUUAAGGAGAUGGUAGGUCGAAAUAUCACCCCUAAUGCACACAGUUUCAGUGUCUUCGUUGAUAUGCUAAGCAAAAAGGGGAUGGUUGCCGAUGCACAACAUGUGAUGGUGAUUAUGGAACAAAAAGGCUUCAAACCUAAUGUGGUAACCUAUAGUUCACUUAUGGAUGGUUAUUGCUUGCGAGGAGAAAUGGAUGAGGCAAGGAAAAUAUUUGAUAUGAUGCUUGACAAAGGUUGUGAAAAUGAUCUUCAUGGUUAUAGCAUUUUGAUCAAUGGUUAUUGCCAAAAUAGGAGGAUAGACCAGGCCCUUAGUCUAUUUGAAGAAAUGCCAUCCAAGGGACUUAUUCCAAACAUUGUAACUUGCAACUCUCUUAUUGGCGGCUUCUGUAAAGUAGGGAAAACCCAGGCUGCUUGGGAGCUAAUUUGCAAGAUGCAAGAUUGUGGUCCGAUUCCUAAUAUUCGAACAUAUAGUAUUUUACUUGAUGGUCUAUGCAACAAUGGACAACAUGAAGACGCGGUGUCAUUAUUUCAAGAUAUGGAAGAGAAGAAGUUACCAAUUAAUAUCGUGAUCUACAAUAUCCUCAUUGGAGGGUUGUGUAAAGCUGGCAAUUUGGUCGCUGCAAAGGAUCUCUUUUCCCAAUUACCAUCCAAAGGCCUUCAACCUAAUUCCAUAACAUAUCGCAUAAUGAUCAGUGGACUUCUUCGUGGAGGCCUAACGGAUGAAGCCACAAGCUUACACAAACAAAUGGAAGAAAAUGGAUGCCCUGCAAACAGUUCUACUUAUAAUUUAAUGAUCCGAGGAUCUGUCCUUAAUCACGAUCCAUCAAGAGUUGUGCAACUUGCCAAUGAAAUGGAGGAACGGGAUGUCUCUAUGGAUGCUUCAACUGUAGAUAUAUUUGUUGAUUUAAUUUCCAGUGGGAAAUUAGAUCCUUCUAUGCGAUCAAUGUUCCAAAAGGAUUUGUGAGGUGCAAGUCAUGUCAAAAGGGUUUUAGCAAGGGAGAAAAUCUUUGUAAGCGUAUUUAUUAUAACUCGGAACUUGCUCUGAAUUUUAGUGCCGUUGAUAUUUCAUAUUGUAUUGAUUGUAAAAGAUUUAUUUCCGAUUAAGAUGUUGAUUGGGGGCAGAAACUACCAAGUAUUUAUAUGUAAUCAAUUUUUCUGAAACUUCUCCUUUUGAUAAGCUGUCUGAAAGACUUGUUAGUUGU